AUGCCCGCCAAGGCUCAACGUCACCGUCAGUCUCCCGCCGUCUACAGGUCAGCAGUCAAGGUGCAUGCGGCCCUGUCGCCGAGGCGGGUGCGCUACAAACGGCCCGCCAUCACAUCCACCCUCCCGUGGGAGUCGACGUCGUCGGCGGCGGCGGCGGUACGAACCGACAUGAGCGGUCGUGGGCUCUCGACGCUCCAACUUCACUUCACCUGCUUCGCCAGCUCGACGUGCCCCACGGCCGUCGAGCAUCAGCCGGUGGCGACGGGUUCCGUCUUCCUUGUCUGGCCUGUCGAGUCCCGCCUAUCCUUUCCUCUCGCUUCGACAUGGGACGAGUCAGGAGGCAGCCGCGUGACGGCCGACGGCAACGUUCCACCACAUCGAACCGGCCCGUCGACGAGCUCAGCAGGAUAA